GAUUGCCACUGUGCCAUGUUUGGACGAAAUCCAGUGUGCAUACACCUAUAUAUACUUCUGAUUUUGUUAUUUUGGUGUGUUCUUGAUCAUCUGCUGCUUCUGGCCAGUGACUGAAUAACCAGCCAUGAUGCUGCAGGUGGCGGUGCUCAGCUUCCUCCUCUGCUCGGCCCACAGUUUUAGUGUAAAGGUCUUAAUUGAUGGAAGUGAUGAAUCCUCUGGCAACACCAUUGAGGAUGAUGAAUUCACUGUCUCUGCACGUCUGGAGAAGGCUAAUGCUAAUCUUGGAAAGAACCUGGGCGACCCUGUAGUGAUAUUUGGUGACAUCGCAGUGCCCUCAGGUCUGCAGAACGCUGACCCCUGCACAGCGCGAGGGUGCCUGUGGCCAAAAGCCCCCGAUGGCAACGUGUACAUACCGUUCCGCAUCUCGCGACAGUUCUCCCGAAGACAGAGAGAGAUCAUCAUUGAAGGUUUGCGUUCAUUUGAGCGGACUACCUGCAUCCGCUUCACACCUUUGGAAAGACAGAGGGACUUUGUGGACAUCCAGUCUCGCUCAGGCUGUUUCUCAUUCAUCGGACGAAGGGGUCGUGGUCAGGUGGUGUCUCUGAAUCGUCAGGGGUGUGUCUUUCUGGACACCAUCCAACAUGAGAUGCUCCACGCUCUGGGUUUCCACCAUGAGCAGAGUCGUUCGGACAGAGACGAGAAUGUUCGCAUCCUGUUUGAGAACAUCAGACCUGGAUUAGAGAACCAAUUUGACAAGGUCCAAACAAACAAUCUUGGCACCCCCUACGACUACAACUCCGUCAUGCACUAUGGAAGGUUUGCCUUCUCAAAAAACAGGCAGCCAACGAUCCUCCCCAUCCCUGACCCGAGCGUCCCCAUUGGGAGGGCAACCGAGAUGAGUGCUAAUGACAUCCUCAGGGUGAACCGCCUUUACGCCUGCAAUUCAACAUCCUCUAACCAUCACCCGAAACCCGUGCAAAGGACUGUUUUCUGGGAGAAAUAAAACAAACAAAGUGAAAUGAGGCAGAUUCUUGCAGCUUGAUAUGCAAACUCAGAACAUGUGCUUGGAGUGAAAUGCAGCUUUUGUGUUGUGGCAAAAACAAAUUCAUAGUAAAAGGCAAAGCAAGCAUCUUAAAAAUACAUUCAUGCAAACUGCAACUGGAAUAAAAAUGCUCAGAAGCAA